UCUCUCACUGUCCACACACACACAUGGACACAUAGAAAUAGUAGUAAUAUUGAGCUUAAACAUGGCCAAAUAUGUUGGUCAAUUUGCAUCUCUACUCCCCUUCCAAUUCCUACUAAUGAUUGUUGCAGAUUCAGCAGCAGACUCAUUCCUCUACGGCUGGUGCUCCCAUAUCAAUUACACCCCAAACUCACCCUACGAAUCCAACCUAAACUCCCUCAUCACAUCCCACGUCAACUCAGCCACAUACUCCUCCUACAACAAGUCCACCAUCACGGGCUCCAGCCCGGACGACGUCGUCUACGGCCUCUACCAGUGCCGUUCCGACCUCUCCAUGGCCGACUGCGCCACCUGCGUCGCCCGGGCCGUCACCCGCCUCGGCCCCAUGUGCCCCCUGGCCUGCGGGGGCUCGGUGCAGCUCGAGGGCUUCUUCGUCAAGUACGACAACGCUUCCCUCAUUGGGGCCGAGGACAAAUCGGCCGCGAUGAAGAAGUGCGGCCCGUCUGACGGCGAUGACGUGGAUCAGAUUGGCCGCCGAGACGCCGUGCUGGCGGCGAUGAGUGGUGGGUCCGGGGGGCCGUAUCGGGUCGGAGGCGCCGAGGGUGUGAGUGGCGUGGCGCAGUGCGUUGGCGAACUGAUUGCGGCGCAGUGUCAGGACUGCGCGGCGGAGGCGAUACGGCGCUGUGUUUGGUGAUAUGUUCUUGGCUAAGUGUUAUGCGAGGUACACCACUAGUGGGGCCCAAAAUUAUGCAAGAUCCAACCAUGGAUAUCAGAACAGGGGUAAUCAUUGGACGUGGCCCUGAGAGGGACGGGCUGUACUAUGUGGACGAGAUAGAUCAACA